CCUAAUUAACAUUGUGUUAUUUGCUAACUUGGGCUCAGCCAUCGCAGCACUGUCCUUUAUGGCGGCUGUACUUCUGGAGACAUCGCCGUUCUGUAUACUAUGCAAUUAUCUUACAGAAGACUGCUACAAUUUGGCACAUGCCCUUUUUCAGUCCAACUGGAUCGAUGGGGAAAAACGCUAUCAAAAGACACUCAUGUACUUUUUGCAAAAAUUACAGCAGCCGAUAACCUUCAUGGCCAUGAAUGUAUUUCCAAUAUCUGUUGGAACUAACAUAAGUGUCACCAAAUUUUCAUUUUCCGUAUUCACUCUUGUUAAGCAAAUGAACAUAGCUGAAAGACUUUCCAAAUCUGUUGAGAACGACUUAUGAACAUUGUUUGAAUACAAUAUACACAUUGUUAACACGCCUUCUUAGAGAAAGGAGAAGAGGAAAUUAUAAUGGUGCAAAUAAAGUUGUUAAAAUAAA